AUGAUCAUCCCCGUUCGUUGCUUCACCUGUGGAAAGGUUAUUGGUAACAAAUGGGACACCUAUUUGGACCUUCUGCAGGCAGAUUACAGUGAAGGAGAUGCAUUGGAUGCAUUGGGACUAGUUCGGUAUUGUUGUAGGCGCAUGCUCAUGACCCACGUUGAUCUCAUUGAGAAGUUACUCAAUUACAACGCUCUGGACAAGGUCAUAUUUGUGUGCUGGUUCAGGUCCUUUGUCAAAUUUCAUUUUUGUCUCAUCAUAGCUUCUAGCAGUGUCACAUUGAUUGGCAACAACCAUGAUGUUGAAACUUACGGUGCAGAAGCAGAAGAAAGGAAGACCACAAUGGAGGAGAUGGUUAUGGACAAAGAAGAUAAAGAGCCACCCAACAAUGUGAAAAUGGGCCUGGCUCAUAGUAUAAUGAAGAGGACAGGUCGCCGAUCCAAGCAAACGAGUCCAUUCCAUGUCUCAUCUUCGGAACAUAACGAAAAGCAAAUAUACGAAGAGAUGAUUCACAAACUGGAGACAGAAAAUAAAGCUUAUCAGAUUGAGAUUGCUGAACUAAGGCAGCAACAACAGGGGAGUGAUUUGUCAACUUCGAAGAAUGAGGUUGAAAAGCUUAAGAAGGAGUAUCUUCAGAAGCUGAACUUGCUUGAAGAUCAGGUUACGGAAUUGAAGAUGAAAUUGGGAACUCGAUCCCAGUUUUCAACUCAAAAGAAAAAAGUCGAUGAAUCAACUAAGCAGUUACAAUUUGAGAUUCAAGGUUUGAAGGCUCAAAAGGUUCAACUGCAAUGUAAAAUAAAGUUAGAGUCUGUUCAAUUUAGAUUAUGCAAGGCUCUAUUUGAAAAAGAGAUUCUUCAGCUUAAGAAAGAGGGAAGGAGGAAUGGAAUCAAGACCCAAAGCUUGCUGGAUUCAAAUGAAAGGCUUAAAAUGGUAUUACAACGGAAGACACAGGAAGCUUCUGCUGCCACUAAACUUCUAAAAGACUUCAUAGCAACUCGAAAAGCUAUUUCACACAGAUCAACUGGUGCUAGAAGUAGAAAUGGUGAACUAAUUCAGGAUGCCAAAGAAAAACUUGAUGUCUCAACAAAGUUACACAAGUUAUGUUCACAAUAUGAAUCCAAAGUGGAAAAGAUGGCUGGAGAGAUUGCACAGCUGAAGGAAGAAAUUGAGAUGCUUAGGCAGGAAAAAUUAGGGUCUCCAUUACAGGAGGAAGAGUGUGACAGCCUGGAGAAAGUUCAUGACAUCCAAGAUUUGAAAGAGCAAAUGAGCAGCCUUGGUUGUCUACUUAAAGAAUUACAAUCGCGGAAGGAGAAGCUUGACGUCAAGGAUAAGAAGCAGGGGGACCUGGUUCUAUCUCUUCUCUAUGAAGAGACUGAUGACAAGAUAAAAAUGGAUACACCUGAAAUGAGCAGUACAAGUGAAUAUAGUGUUAAGACGGAAAGAACAGCUGAAGAGCUUUGUUGCUCAUGCAGUAAGAAGUCAUUGUGCAAGACUAACAAAUGCAAAUGCCGAUCCAGCGGUGGGAACUGUGGAGCAUCAUGUGGCUGCACACGUUUCAAGUGCACAAAUAGGGAAUCAAACCAAUUAGCAGGAAAUGAACAACUAAAAUCAGAUAACACAGAAUGUCCUGUGGACAAUGAUGGAAGUGUGACUGCUUCUGAAUGUGCUAAACUACUUCAGAGUGCACUUGUUCAAAAACCUGCUAGUUGCAAGGACAACCCAGUGCCCAUAAAGAAGCCAUUACGUGACAUUCAGAACUCAAUGGUGAGAUUGGAUAAUCAAAGGCAAGGAAAGAAAAAGAAAGCGCGAAAACCAGUAAUUGAGCUGGUUACCAAGGAUCCAAUGUCUUCCACUCCAGAAAAUAGCAGCGGUACUGAAACAUACAAAAUUGAAACGCGGGAAAAUGACCCAACUAGGUUUGACAAGAUGGCAAAACCAGAUACAGAGAAUAAAUCUGGCCUGUCAAAUGAAUUGGCCACAUCCAUUAGUGAGGCACCUGCAUUUCGUCGUUUAAGAAAUCCACCCCGACAAGCCAAAUCUGUUGUCGGGAAAGAAGACUGUUAG